UAUCAACCGAGUUUAAUUUGAUAAGAGCCAAACUUUCAUCCAACCUCCCAGGAGUUGUGGUGUUACAGAUAAGUAGGCAAAUAUGGCAACGCUUCUAAAAGCGUUUGGAAGCUUUUUCACUAAGCACCCCUUAGCGGGAAAUGGACUUGUGUAUGGUACACUGUACGUGGGUGCGGAAUUUUCACAGCAAACAAUCACAAGAAAAUUCUUGACGGAUCCCCCACAGGACAUUGAUCGACCUACCAUCGCCAGAUACGCAGUUAUGGGCACGUUUAUAUACUCACCUAUUCUCUAUAAUUGGUACAAAUGGCUAGAUAAAGCCUUCCCCGGCACUGCCAAACGCAUUGUAAUGAAAAAGCUACUCCUGGACCAGUUCGUCCUAACUCCACCUUUGCUAGUUAUAUUCUUUACUGGUAUGUCGUUUAUGGAACGACAGUCAUCCGUCACCGAAGAGUGCCGUCAAAAGUUUGUACCAACUUUUGCUCGGUCCUGUUUAUUUUGGCUUCCGGCACAAACGCUUAACUUCUUGCUGGUCCCCCCGAAGUUCCGCGUCGUCUACGUGGGCUCCUGUGCCUUCGCCUGGGUUAACAUUCUCUGUUGGGUGAAACGCCAACAACUGGUCAACCGAAACGAAGUACAAGCAAUCGACCGAACAAUUUAAAACACUCAAAACAAUGAUACCAUAACGCUUUUAGAUAGGAAGUCAAAACGAGAUAUUUUCUAUGAGAGAAGUUUUCACAAUUUGUAUAUUUCACUGCUCACAUCGUAACUCGCUGAAUUCAUUACUAAGGGAAGUUAUCAUUAUUAUUAUUAGCGUACAAUAAAAGCAAUCUAGCAAGAAUGAUGGGUCUGCUGUACAA